UGUGACAGUGCCACAGAUCGGAGCUCUUACCGAUCUGCGGCACUGAGCUGUGCUUCCGGCUUCCCUUGGUUGCCGUGGCAACCUUAUACCCGCAGCGCCGACCGCCAGGGCAGCCUAACAGUACAGGACAGCUGAGCGACGGCUCAGCUGUCCAAUAGCCUGUAAAGCAGCAGCCUGCGGCUCGGUAAUUGGCUGAGCGCGUAGGCUGCAGGGUAAGUCCCUGGCAGUGGCAGGCAACGUGUGGAGCUGCAUGUAUGCGCCUUGGAGGAGACAGAGAAGAGUGAGUUCUCACUCUCCUGUCUCCUGUAUUACAGCAAAAGUUUCAAAUUAAAUAUAUGUCCUGAGAGUGCCAGUUGGCAGCAUACACACGCAGCAGGGGAAGAGCUUGUGUCAAUGAGUCACCAGCAGGCACAAGGUUCAAUAUCCAUCGACUUACUGGUGUCACUAGUGAAAGAAGCUGCGUGUGCACUACGGAGACCCGUAACCAGUCGCCAUGGCCUCUUACGGGCUACGCGUGGCAGUGAUCGGUGCAGGAGCUGCUGGACUAUGUAGUGCUAGACACAUUCUGGCACGGCCGGCGACCUUUGAGCCUCCUGUGGUGUUUGAGAUGGCUGGGCAAGUGGGGGGAACCUGGGUGUACUCGGACCCGUCGGAGAAUGAUGCCCAGUCCCACUCUCCCAUGUACAGAGAUCUGAAAACGAACCUUCCUAAAGAGAUCAUGGAAUUUCCGGAUUUUCCAUUUGACCCUUCCCUGCCGUCCUUCAUCCAUCACUCGGAUGUCUUGAAAUACCUGGAAGAGUACACGGACAAAUUCUCCAUCCGGCCCCACAUCAAGUUUAACAGCCGUGUGGCAUCAGUCUCUCCCGUGCUUUCGGACGGGGACCAACGAAAGGUCUCCUGGGAUGUGACGGUCCACCAUCACGAUGACGAUAAGCAAGUGGCACAAAGGUUUGACGCUGUCAUGGUGUGUGUGGGACACUACUCCCAUACUUUCAUUCCCAACAUUGCUGGCAUUGAGAAGUUUCAAGGUCAAGUUUUACAUAGCAAUUCUUACCGCUAUCCAGAGGUCUUCUCAUCACGUUCUGUGGUUCUGCUGGGCUCAGGACCUUCUGGAGUGGACAUUGCCAUUGAGUUAUCUCAACAUGCCAAGCAUGUCACUUUGAGCCACCGGGGUCCCCCAAUGCAGUGGACCCCACCGCAAAAUUUCUCAGUGGCACCACCAGUGGUCGGUGCUUCUCCCAACACUCUGAUUUGUGAAGAUGGAACUGAGAUUAUGGCAGAUACUUUGAUUUUCUGUACAGGUUACAAAUAUAACUACCCAUUCUUAUUACCUUCAGAGGAGCAAGUGGUCAACCAGGAGAAAGGAGGAAAUGGGGAGCCGACAAGAAAAAGGAACUUCAUCACAUGUGAGGGGGAAGGUUGUGGGACAAUACUGGAUUCUAAUGAAGGGUUAGAGAGAAAUGGAGAACGAUUGCUGUUUAAUGAGAACAUGUCCAUUAAAAGAGAUGACUCUAACCUUAGUUUGUUGGAGGAUGAAGAUAUAGUAGGACCUGAUGUAGGACAGGGUCACCUCCCACUGCUUUACAGACACCUCCUCCAUGCCCGCUACCCCACCAUGUGCUUCAUUGGGGCCUGCAAAAUCAUAGUCCCAUUCCCUCUGUGUCACUGCCAGGUUCAGUUUUUCUUGUCAGUACUAGAAGGGAAAUGCCGGAUACCCCCUCCAGAGCAAAUGCUGUCAGAAUCUCUUGAAGAGCUAAGAAACCACCAGAGAGCUGGUCUACCACUCAAGUACCUUCACCGCCUUUCAUCGGACCAGUGGGACUACAACCAGUGGCUUGCAGAUACUGCGGGGUUUGAACCACUGGCACCUGUGCUAAAGAAGCUUUAUGAGGCCAUUAGGGAUUUUAGGAGUCUAAACCCUGUUUUAUACCGCAGUUUCAACAUCACCAUCUUAAACAAAGAGGAGUUUGAGAUCCAGAAGGAUCCAGUGAGAGACACUGAUGAGUAAUCUGGAGACGGAGAGGUUUUCCCAAAGGUUGUGAAGCAUCAACGAUGUCCACAUUACCAUGGAUAAGGCUAGGAGAUGCUUUAAGCUCUGCGUGGUCUACUAACAAGAGUUACUGUAUUUCUUUGUGUUCGUAUGAAGAAGGGGAGCCUCCUGACAGAAGGAUCCCCCAUAGUAAGAGAGGACGUUAAUAUAUACACAUACUAUUAUAUUACGGAAAGUGUCUGUACAGACACAACUAGAAUAUCACAGGGGAAAAAGUUUAUCCCCAAGGAUCAGUACUUAUACUAUAGCUCUACUGGUGACAUUACUGGUGGUAAUAAAAGAUUUGCAAAAGAAGAUACACCGGGGCUGGAGUGGUAACCCAAAUGAUUGCCCUUCUAAGAAGCCCUGAGGAAUGGUCAAUAUUGUGCCAACUACAUUUUGUAAGAAAAAUAAUCUCCAACCCCGAAGGAUGAGUGUAAUAUUAAUUGCACUGGACUACUGAUGAGGAAAGACAUGUAGAAGUUACUGUUUCAUCAGGGAAAGUAAGAAGGUAAUGAGGAAGGACCUACCAGAUGCUAGCAUGCAUAGGAAAAGAGAUUAGAAGGGGAAGGAGGGUGGUGGUGAUACCAUUGUAUACUGUAGGUGAUCGGUAUGACCUGAGAUACUGUUCUGGACUCUGUAGAUCCAGAUCCGGAUGGACAUAUAUUUAUAUAUAUAUAUAUAUAUAUAUAUAUAUAUAGAGAGAGAGAGAGAGAGAGAGAGAGAGAGAGAGAGAGAGAUUAUAGACAGAAGAACAAUGAAAAUACUGAAGGGUUGAUGGCAACCAAUCAGAAUCUACCUACCAUUUUUUGGAGUAUUCUUGAUAAAAUGCUUCCUCAGAUCUGAUUGGUUGCUAUGGGCAACUUCUCCACUGUUUUCACUGCUUAAUACAUCAACCCCUGAUUAAAUAAAACCAUCUGGGUAGAGUAAAGGAGCCAAACUUGCCUAACAUGGAGCAAGGAUGGGAGUGGGGGAUACGAUGGAAGCUUUCACACCUACCGGAUGGUCUACCAAGGUAGAGGAGGGAUCAUUUUAUGGAGGAAGAGACAUAUUAGAACGCCAGGACAUGCAUGGACACUAGGGUUAAUAGAAUCAGGGGAACUUUGAUGAAAAUGCCCUCACUGAACGGGAAGUGGAUAGGUGGCAUAGCCUGCCAGCAGAGGUGGUGGAGGCUAUUACAGAAGGGGAAGGCAAAUGUUUGGGAUAGACAUAAGCUAUCAGAAAUCUGAAAUAACAAAGAAUCAACUAGGGAUUGAUGUCAUUCGUGAUAACAAACACAUGGAAGGCUGGGAUGAGUAAGUCCCUUGUCUAUGUUCCAACGUUAAAGUGUAAUAUCUUCGGUCACACCAAGAGGGCACUCACCAACUCUACUAAUAAACAUGCUUAAUCAAACCUUCAGCUUCCACAGUAAAUGGUUAUAUCAGUGCUUCAGACUAUUUCAAGGACUGUUGUCAAAAUUCUAUACUUUGUUGCUACCUUUCCACGAAAAAAAAGAACUUAUAUUUUUCUCUGAAAUAACUAGUGACAAAAGUAAUGGGCAUCCACCAUUGUUUAUUCCAUACUUAAUACAAAUCUGACUUUGCGUUAGAUAUUUGAUUCAACGGAAUAUUUUAAAUAAUAAAACCAAUGAAAUGGACAAAAAGUACGUGACUGUUAACCUAAUUUUUUGUUGAACAAUCUUUAGAGGCAAUCUUUGCACUCAUGUGAGUUCUGUAUCUCUCGAUGUACCUGCCAGCAGUUAGUUUGGCCCACACUUCCUGAGCGAACUGCUCCAGCGGUCUCAGAAAAAACUCAAUAAAUGUUGGAUGGUGCAAUCAGACAAGGACGUACCUUGACCUUGGAGUUCAGCUCGUAUUUCUUUGGAAGUCUUCCCUGGCUCUUUUUCUACCUUUCUCACGAUCCUAUUUAAUCUGGUGUAAUUUUUCGUCUUGCGGACUCGUCCAGGGAGGUUGGUUACAGUCCUACGGACUUUAAACUUCUUAAUAUGUGCAACUGUAGUCACAGGAACAUCAAGCCGCUUGGACAGAGUCUUAUAGCCUUUACCUUUUUACAUGCUUGUCUAUAAAUUAUGAUUUUCUGGUCUCCUCAGACACCUCUCUCCUUUGUUUUGUCUGGUCCGUGUUCAGUGUGGGGCAUACGAUGAUACCAAACAGUAGGCUGACUACUUUUCUCCAUUUAAAUAGGCUGAAUGACUGAUUGGAAGAUUGAAGACGUAAUGCUAAUUCAAGAAAGCAAUUCGUUUGAAAUAUCGCUAUAAUCCAGUUAUUUAUUAUCUUUUCUAAGGGCUACAAACAAAUCUGUUCAGGCCAUUUUAGAAUAUAUUUGGAGAAUAAGCAAUACUUCACCUGUUUUCACAGUUUAUUUGCUGUAUUCUAUGACAUAGCAAAGGCAUGAGACAAUAGCUUCUACUGUCACCACUUGUCAGAGGGACUAUUUCAGUGAGCUAUAAGAAUGCCAAUAAAUUUGUCCGCGUCUGUACACAUAUUAUUGAUUUAGGUGGGAGGUUUAUGUGACAUACCAAAUAAAAUUUAAAUGGGUCUACUCGGUCGUAACUAGACCUUUGUGGGUCCCAUAACAAGAUUUUGAAAGGGCCCCCUCCUGCGCUCCGGGGUGGUGGUUUUAAGGUGAUGGGGGUCAGAACAGCAGAGAGAGGGCGGGGCCUGACAGUGGAUGGAGGUGCGUUGCAGGGUGGACACCCAAGUCUGGUCGGGAUAGAUGGGGGGAGGAGACUGGGCAGUGACACAGGGAAGGGAGAGGAGAUUAGACUGGAUCACAUGGCAGGCCAUUUUCUCAAUAUCUCAGAGCUGGGGACUUAGGGUUCUAUGUACUAAGCCUUGGAUGAAGAUAAAGUCGGCGGAGAUAUAGUACCAACCAUUCGACUACUAACUGCCAUGUCACUGGCUGUGUUUGAAAAAUGACCGUUAGGAGCUGGUUGGCUGGAACUUUAUCUCCGUCCAAGGAGUAAAUAGACCCCCUAGUUACUCCGGGCUAGUUCUAAUGUCACCAGUGUGACUGCUGUAUAAACUGGAAUUUGUGUUUUUCUUUUUUUUAAAUAAAGACAUGUGCAUGGUGACAUCCACCUACCAGCCUGUCCCUCACACACCCUCUCCUGACCCCUGUCAAUUCUCACCCACUCAAACCCGCUCCUGCUCACCUACAGCAUGUCCCUCCUAUGUCCCCUCCUUCCCACCCAAAUCAUAUCCCACGCGUAUUCCCUCCUUUGUUCCCACAGCAUACUCCAUGCAUGUUCCCUCCUGCCCACCCACAGCAUAUCUCACACCUAUAGAUUGUAAGCUUGCGAGCAGGGCCUUCCUACCUCUGUGUCUGUCUGUUUUUACCAGUUUUGUUCUAUUACUGUUUUUCCAAUUGUAAAGCGCAAUGGAAUGUGCUGCGCUAUAUAAGAAACUGCUAAUAAAUAAAUAAUAAAUGUUCCCUCCUGCUCACCCACAGCAUAUCCCACACAUGUUCCCUCCUGCUCACCCACAGCAUAACCCACAUAUGUUCCCUCCUGCUCACCCACAGCGUAUCGCAUGCAUGCUCCCUACUGUUCACCCACACUAUAUCCCACGCAUGUUCCCUCCUGCCCACCCACAGCAUAUCCCACACAUUCCCAAACCUGCUCACCCACAGCAUGUCCCUCGCAUUCCCAAACCUGCUCACCCACAGCAUGUCCCUCACAUGUUCCCUCCAGCCCACCCACAGCUUAUCCCACACAUGUUCCUUCCUGCUCACCCACAGCAUAUCCCACAUAUGUUCCCUCCUGCUCACCCACAGCAUAUCGCAUGCAUGCUCCCUACUGUUCACCCACAGCAUAUCCCACGCAUGUUCCCUCCUGCCCAGUGCCACCCACAGCAAAUCCCACACAUUCCCAAACCUGCUCACCCACAGCAUGUCCCUCGCAUUCCCAAACCUGCUCACCCACAGCAUGUCCCUCACAUGUUCCCUCCUGCCCACCCACAGCAUAUCCCAUACAUGUUCCCUCCUGCUCACCCACAGCAUAUCCCACAUAUGUUCCCUCCUGCCCAAGCACAGCAUAUCCCACACAUGUUCCCUCCUGCCCACCCACAGCCAUAGCCAGAUUAAAGGGGGGAUGCAGGGCAUACUGUAACCCGGGCCCCCCUUUGUCAGGGGGCCCCCUGGCUAGAGCACACUGACAUCAUUAGCUUUCCCUCUUAAGCAGCAGCAGAACCAACAGCCAGAAUGUGAGCAGGACAGUAUGCAGUGAAGGCAUAGACCCAGGAGUAUCAUGAGCUACCAAUAGAGCUUUCCGAACAGAGAAGAGAAAGGAGGAUGGAGAGAACUGUAAGUAACACAGAGAUCCCAGCUUAUCCUCUUCCCUGCUUGGGUGUCUGAGCCUUGUGUAAACUGUUCUGCAACUAAACCAUUUGGGUCUAGAGAUAGAGACACACACAGAGAGUCCUCCUGAGUCCUGUCCCAUUGUGUAAGUAGUACAAAGGCUGUUGCUAUUCUUGCAUGUGACAAGAUAAAUUAUUUUAUUUUUCUAAGUGUAUUUUAAGGUUAAGUUAUCUGAAAAUGUUAUAUAAUAGUUGUCUUUCAAUUAGGCGGAGCUAUGAACAGUACCCAUCCAUUAUUAAAGUAUUAGUUUAAAACUAACAUACACCAGUGGUUUAAAUUUAAUAAACACAAUCCAUACCUCCCACCAUGACCC